CCAAGAUGGCUGCCGGGGAGCGCCGCGCCGCGCCCGCCGCGGGAAAGGAGGAAGACUUUGAGAUUAUUGAUAAAAAACAGCUCCCUGACGCGGCUGAGCUGAGGAACGAGGAGAAGGCGAAACCGGAGGAAGCGCGAUGGUCUGCUCCGAUCUUGUCUCUGGCCAGGAAAGCCUCGGAAAACUUGGCGCUGGGCUAUGGCAGCGCCCUGAAGUCCGCAUCCCUGGUGGGAUUGGUGUCCAAACCCGGCAGCAGUGACAGCCCGGCAAAGACAAGUACGGCUCCGCUUCUUUAGUAAACUCGCUUUUGUGGUGCGCAAAUGAGUUCGCUCCCGUACACGGUGUCACACCAUGGAGGAACGUGCCAACCUCAUGAACAUGAUGAAGCUCAGCAUCAAAAUCCUCAUCCAGUCAGCCCUGAGCCUGGGCCGGACCCUGGACUCCGACUUCCCACCACUGCAGCAGUUCUUCGUGGUGCUGGAGCACUGCCUCAAGCACGGGCUCAAAGUGAAGAAGACUUUUAUUGGACAGAACAAAUCGUUUUUUGGUCCUUUGGAGCUAGUGGAAAAACUUCGUCCUGAAGCAUCAGAUAUAGCAACUAGUGUUAAAAAUCUGCCAGAAUUGAAGACUGCUGUGGGCAGAGGGAGGGCUUGGCUUUAUCUAGCACUCAUGCAAAAGAAACUGGCAGAUUAUCUCAAAGUACUCCUGGACCAUAAGCAUCUGUUAAGUGAAUUUUAUGAACCUGAUGCACUGAUGAUGGAGGAGGAAGGAGCAGUUAUUGUGGGUCUGCUGGUUGGACUGAAUGUUAUUGAUGCAAACCUCUGCUUGAAAGGAGAAGACUUGGACUCCCAGGUUGGAGUGAUUGAUUUUUCCUUGUACCUUAAGGAAACACAGGACACUGAUGACAAACAAGAUGGAGGGAUUACAGCUGUCCUUGACCAGAAGCAUUAUGUGGAAGAACUGAACCGUCAUCUAAGUUGCACGGUUGCAGAUCUCCAGAACAAAAUAGACUGUUUAGAAAAGACCAAUUCAAAACUCCAGGAAGAGCUUGCAGCAGCUACUGACCGAAUUGGAUCCCUUCAGGAAGAGCAGCAGCAGCUAAAACAACAGAAUGAAUUAAUUCGUGAACGGAGUGAAAAAAGUGUAGAGGUAACAAAAGAGGAUACAAAAGUAGAAUUGGAUACUUACAAGCAGUCACGCCAGGGUCUCGAUGAAAUGUACAGUGAUGUUUGGAAGCAGUUGAAAGAAGAAAAAAAAGUCAGGCUGGAACUAGAGAAAGAGUUGGAGCUACAAAUUGGAAUGAAAACAGAAAUGGAAAUUGCCAUGAAACUUCUGGAAAAAGAUACUCAUGAAAAACAAGACACUUUAGUUGCCCUUCGCCAGCAGUUAGAAGAAGUGAAGGCCAUUAACUUGCAGAUGUUUCACAAAUCCCAGAAUGCAGAGUGUUCAUUACAACAGAAAACAGAAGCAAUAUCCUCUUUUGAAGGAAAAACAAAUGAGAUGAUGUCCUCUAUGAAACAAAUGGAAGAGAGGCUGGAGCAGGCAGAGAAGGCCAGGCAGGCGGCAGAGGAGCGGUGCAAUAAGAUGAAGCAGGAGCUGGCUGGGAGGCUCGACUCGUGUCGGCAGCAGAUGGCCCAGCUGGACAGCAAAUGCUCAACUCUGGAAAAGGAAUUAAAAUCUGAAAAGGAACAGAGACAAACUUUGCAAAAAGAACUGCACCAAGAGAAGGAUGCAACCACUCUGCUUAAAACAGAAUUGCAACAGAUGGAAGGACUGAAAAAGGAACUGAGAAAACUGCAAGAUGAGAAGCAGCAGCUGAAGAAGGUCCGUGAGGAGCAGGAGCAGGCUCUUCAAGAAAUGGGUCUUCAUCUCAGCCAAUCGAAGCUGAAGAUGGAAGACAUUAAAGAAGUAAAUAAAGCACUAAAGGGUCAUACAUGGCUGAAGGAUGAUGAAGCAACCCACUGCAAGCAAUGUAAAAAGGAAUUCUCCAUUUCAAGAAGGAAGCACCACUGCAGAAACUGCGGGGACAUCUUCUGCAACAGUUGUUCCAGUAAUGAACUCGCGCUGCCAUCGUACCCGAAACCCGUCCGUGUCUGUGAUAAUUGUCACACAUUACUUCUCCAGCAGUGCUCCUCUAACUCCUCCUAAGGCUCUCCUGCCCUUGACUGAGCCACUUUAACAUUGGAAAGUAGCCAUUAUUUUUUUAAUUCUGAAUUGCAGGUGUCUUCUGUGCAGCAGACUGGACUGGCUGGUCUAACAAUUUCCACUGUAAGAGCAGUGUAAAUUAAUUUGUAGGGAUUGUGCAAGCUAAUGCUUCUCCAACUGAAAUAAUUAAAAAGCUUAUAUCAACUGUAAUUUCCCCAAGAGUUCUAUUUGAAACUAAGAUUCAUUUUUCUGAUUUUUAUAGGUAUUUGUAUUAAAAUUUGUAUAUGGUAUUUCUACAUUUAUUUGAUCCCUGUAGAUAUCAUUGUCUCUCUGUACAUGAACUUAAUUUCUUUACCUUCACUGUAGGUGCUCCUGUGUGCUCCCCUGUCUCAUGUACAGUUUUGUAUUUGCUCUAGUCAGCCAGAGAGGAAAAGGUCAAUUUAUGAAUUGUCUAUAGAAAGCUUUAUAAGUAGAGUGUCAAUGAAUGUGCCUUCAGUUCACUGCGGAGUCAAAAGCUGCACAUUAUACUUGUUCUGGAAGUCGCUGUGACCACAGUGCAGUAGUUACACAAUAAAGUCUUUUGCAAAAACUGAAA